CGCUUUCGGCAACUCGACGGACGAGCACCCCUUUCCCCCUUUUCCCCUCCAGCCGAGAAUCAAGGACAUCCGGCCGGCUCAGCCUUGCAAGAACAAUAUAUUUCGGAAAUGAACUGAAACCUGGUCCUGGGAAUUUUUUCUAUUUAUUGGCCGAAGUGUCGGCACCGACGUCAAUAAAGAUAUUGACACUAGGAGUGCGAAUCGGAAUGACGCACUCCCUUGUUUUUUUCUGUCUAUUUUUUUUAUGUGAGGGUCGACUGAUCAGAUCGAGCGAUUAUUUCGGUCAUUUGGUGGGAAAUGGGAGGGUAAAUGUCCGAUGUGUACUUGAGUACAAGGUUGGACGUUGGAGGGAGAUCAACGUUGAUUGGAGGUGUGUUACUGUUGUGGGACGAGUAACUUCGAGGUCUCUGAUCUGUCUAGUCUUCAAACUCUGGACCCAUGAUUCUUGUCUUCAUUUCUUCAAGCAUAUGAUACUCGUUCGGAGAGGAAAGAGGCCGUCGGACUAAAACGAAUGAAUUCAAUACAUUAUUUAAGAUUCACAAUU